AUGUCCUCUACCCGUACCAGACACUCCCACGUCCUCUACCUCUACCAGACACUCCCACGUCCUCCACCUCUACCAGACACUCCCACGUCCUCCACCUCUACCAGACACUCCCACUACCCCUACCAGACACUCCCACGUCCUCUACCCCUACCAGACACUCCCACUACCUCUACCAGACACUCCCACUACCCCUACCAGACACUCCCACGUCCUCUACCCCUACCAGACACUCCCAUGUCCUCUACCCGUACCAGACACUCCCACUACCUCUACCAGACACUCCCACUACCCCUACCAGACACUCCCAUGUCCUCUACCCGUACCAGACACUCCCACUACCUCUACCAGACACUCCCAUGUCCUCUACCUCUACCAGACACUCCCACGUCCACUACCCCUACCAGACACUCCCACGUCCACUACCCCUACCAGACACUCCCACGUCCACUACCCCUACUAGACACUCCCUCUACCCCUACAAGACACUCCCACGUCCACUACCCCUACCAGACACUCCCACGUUCACUACCCCUACUAGACACUCCCACGUCCACUACCCCUACUAGACACUCCCUCUACCCGUACCAGACACUCCCACAUCCUCUACCCCUACAAGACACUCCCACGUCCACUACCCCUACCAGACACUCCCACGUCCUCCACCCCUACCAGACACUCCCACAUCCACUACCCCUACCAGACACUCCCACAUCCUCUACCCCUACUAGACACUCCCACAUCCUCUACCCCUACUAG